GCUGAUCGCAUGUAAACAGGGAAAUGCCGGGUAUCUGCAUUUCUCUCCUCUCGAGCUGUCACGCUGACAGAGGAGAGCCGGUAAUCAGCAUUCCUCUGGGGGGACAUGUACACUGAUCACCAGGGCACUGAUGAUCAGUGUGCCCUGAUGAUCAGUAUAGCCCCAGCAGUGCCACCUGUCAGUGUCCAUCAGUGCCACAUAUCAAUGCCACAUAUCAGUGCACAUCAAUGCCACAUCAGUGCCUGCCAGUGCACAUCAAUGCCACAUAUCAGUGCCCAUCUGAGCUGCCUUUCAGUGUCACCCAUCAGUGCCGCCAGUCAGUGCCACCUAUCAGUGCCACCAUCAGUGCCAGCCAGUGCCGCCUAACAGUGCCAUAUAUCAGUGCUGCCUUUCAGUGCCCAUCAGUGAUGCCUGUCAAUGCCCAUCAGUGCCGCCUACCAGUGCCUCCUCAUCAGUGCCCAUCACUGCAGCCUCAUUAGCGCACAUCAGUGAAG